GGCGCGCGACCGGGCGCCCACCAUGAGCGACGAGGGUCGCGGGGACGGGCGCGCCGAGAGCGCCCGGGACCUGGAGAAGCAGCUCCGGCUGCGCGUGUGCGUGCUCAGCGAGCUGCAGAAGACCGAGCGCGACUACGUGGGCACGCUGGAGUUCCUGGUGUCGGCAUUCUUGCACCGGAUGAACCAGUGUGCAGCAUCAAAACUUGACAAAAAUGUAACAGAAGAAACUGUGAAGAUGCUGUUCUCAAACAUUGAGGAUAUCCUUGCAGUGCACAAAGAAUUCUUAAAGGUCGUGGAAGAGUGCUUGCAUCCAGAACCUAAUGCUCAGCAAGAAGUGGGAACCUGCUUUCUUCACUUUAAAGACAAGUUUCGCAUCUAUGAUGAAUAUUGUAGUAAUCAUGAGAAGGCACAGAAAUUGCUCUUUGAACUUAACAAAAUAAGAACAAUCCGGACAUUUCUUUUGAACUGCAUGCUGCUUGGAGGACGGAAGAACACAGAUGUCCCUCUGGAAGGAUACUUGGUAACGCCAAUACAAAGAAUAUGCAAAUACCCUCUACUUUUGAAGGAGUUGCUUAAGCGGACUCCAAGGAAACACAGUGACUAUGCAGCAGUCAUGGAAUCUCUCCAAGCCAUGAAAGCCGUCUGUUCCAACAUCAACGAGGCCAAGAGACAGAUGGAAAAGUUGGAAGUUUUAGAGGAGUGGCAGUCUCAUAUUGAAGGCUGGGAGGGUUCCAACAUUACUGAUACCUGUACAGAAAUGCUAAUGUGUGGAGUCUUACUGAAAAUUUCUUCUGGAAAUAUUCAAGAGCGGGUAUUUUUUCUUUUUGAUAAUCUUUUGGUGUAUUGCAAAAGAAAACACAGACGGUUGAAAAAUAGCAAAGCAUCUACUGAUGGACAUCGGUACCUUUUUCGUGGCCGGAUCAAUACAGAGGUGAUGGAAGUGGAGAAUGUGGAUGAUGGCACAGCUGACUUCCAUAGCAGUGGACACAUUGUUGUUAAUGGAUGGAAGAUACAUAACACAGCCAAAAAUAAAUGGUUUGUGUGUAUGGCAAAAACACCUGAAGAGAAACAUGAAUGGUUUGAAGCUAUUUUGAAAGAACGAGAACGGCGGAAAG